CCACCACAGCUCACUCACUCUCAUACUGCACCAUUACCCCCAACAGUCAGGGUAGACGCAAACUGCAAGUCAUACGCCACUAACGACGCAAGACCUAACUAACUAAAAAUCCGUUGCCUUUUUAUCAUUUCUCAGGGCCUUGUCUUUUUUUUUUUCUCCAUGUAAAAGAAGGCUACAAUUUUCAUUGGAUCAACUUACAGCAAGCAGUCAGCCAGAGAGGCUCCAGUCAUACUUCUUCUCUCUGCCUUCUUUGCAUUCCAUCCAUCCCAUCCAGAAGAUUUUAUUUUCCCACCUUCACUUUAACGCUUGACAACAACCCACGCAAUGAGCAACACAUCGGACUCUGAACCGGAGAAUCUUACCAGAAAACUAAACGACUUAUCCCUCAACCCCACCACCACCAGCACGACAACAACCCCACCAAACAACACCCCCCAGCAACAACCUUAUCACCAUCACCACGCAGCAGCAGGAGGAGGGUUGUUUGGGUUUGGGGAUUUUGGAGCGCAGCAGGGUCAGGGGUAUCAGCCUUACGAGGAGGAGCUACUACCACCGCCACCACCACCACCACCGGACUUUAUCAUGGGGGGUGGUGAUCAGCAAGGGAUCGUGGCUUUUGACGUGACGUCGAAGUUUAGAGCUGCUGCUGGGGUGACAGCGUUGGAACUGGGCGAAUUAGUCAAGGAUGGGUUUUUCAGUUUGUUUGAGAGUGUGGGCGCUUUAGAGAUCAUGGACCCAAAGAUGGACAGCGGCUGUCUUGCUCCCGGGGAGAGCCUGGAUGAGGAUUAUGAUGUGACGAGGGUGUUGAGUCCGGGGGAGGUGAUUGGGAUUAUUGACCAGAUGUUUUGUCUUGAGAUGGCUUGGUAUCAGGGGUAUCCUCUUUCGCAGACGUUGUUGACGAAUGUGUAUAUUGAUCGGAUGCUGGAGCCGGAGCCGAUGGUUUUGGGGGAUGCGGAUUUUAUUAGGCGGAAAGCAGUGGGGGAGGGGGAGACGAUGCAUGUUGUGCUGAGGGCUUAUUGUUUGGGGGUGGUGAAGUGUUGUUGGUAUAUUAAUGAUCGGAUCAAGUUUGAGCAUUAUUAUGAGGAAGAGGAUUUCGUCACCAAUACUUACCAUCGCUCACUCUUGGAUUCGUUUGAAUUGAACGAGAUCAACGAGGAACUCAUGGCUGCUCGGAGGUUGGUGCAUAGCGUUCGGCAUACGAUUGGCGAUCAGCUUGCGCAAGCGUUGGGGUUCAGGCUGGAACUACGGACGGCCUUCUUGAGGGCGAUAGAGCUGUCUGUGCUGAGGAGUAACCCUGAUUCGUUGAGCCUGCCAUGGACGCAGAUGGAGGCUGUGUGGGAAAUGAUUUACAAGUCCCGGCAUCUGGGGACACCGGUACCGGAGGCGUUCAGCACAAAGAUUCAGAGGAGAUUGGCGAGUACGAUGCCGCCGAGGCCGAUAGUAAAGCUGAGCACGGAGGAGACGUACAAGCACUUCAAGAAGUUGUUUGCGGACGGGAUUGAUGUGUUGAAUGUGCUGAAUUAUCACGAUUCGCAGAGUUUAUUGCAGAACUUUGUCAUGACGUUCCAAUCCCAAAAACCCCAACCCCUCGUCUACAUCCGCACUUUGCUCCAGUCCUUUUUGUUCAAAGACAUGAUCAUCCUCGGCAAGCUCUCCAUCCGCCACGUCAUCGACGAUGACUUGAGUCUGGUCGUCCUCCCGGCAAGCAAACUCCUCGACCCAGCCAACGACCUCGUCGAAGCCCCCCACCACUGGCGAUUCGCCCUCGCCCACCAAAUGGAAACCUUCCGCCAGCGCGCCGCCCAAUCCUACCUCGACAUCUUCCGCGCCUUUUGCCAGAACCGCUGCCGAAUCAGACGAACGCUCUGCCACUCGAUCCAAGACUGGGAAACGGUCCAGCUGGACGCUGAGCAGAUUGAUCAGCUGCUGCAGCACCAAAUCGAGGAGACGCCGCUGGUGUAUCCGCCUACGGGAGAUGGGGGCGGGGGAGUAGGACCGACGUAUUCCCUCCCCUUGUCGAGCUGGGCGUAUCUGUACAAGUUGCGACUGAUGGAGUGGAUUGUGCAGCUGGGGUUCGAGCUGGAGAUUUAUGCGCCCGACGAGCUGGGGGGGAUGUACUGGUACCUAUCCGAGCUGGCUAGAUCCCGAGCGAGGUUGGUGGAUCGGAUCAGCUUUUUUACCAAGCACAGGGAGGCUGGGCAGCAGGCUGCUAGCCCGUCGGCGGGGCAGGAGGCGGCGUUUAACCAGUCGAGGCAGUAUUUGUAUCAGACUAGUUUGGAUGCGGCUAUCACCUGGGAGAUGGCGGAUGCGUUGUCGAACUUGUAUGCUGCGUUGGGGAGGUUGGGGUUGGUGGUGGCGCCGCCGAGGCCGUACAGUACAGAUGAGAUGAGGUAUGAUGUGCGGAUGAAGCCUUUUGCGGCGAUUGGGAUGCCGGAGCUGCCCAGUUGGGAGGUGUACAAGGCUGCGACGGAUAGGCGGCAGGUGGAGACGGGGAGGUUGCUGGAUGAUGCGAGUCUGAGCUUGGAGCAGGCGAGUAGGGGGUUGGAGGUUAUGGAGAGGCUGAGCGAGAAGGAUAGUUUUAGCGUGGGGUGUUUUGAGAGGUGGGUUGGGGGGGUGAAGGGGCAGACCGUGGCGGUUGAUAGGGCUGCGGUGGUGGUGGAGGUUUUGAAGAGGAGACUGGAGGAGAGGGGGGAGGAUAAAAAGGGGGGCAAGGAGUUGGGACUCAAGGUUGAGAUUGGCAAGGCAGUGGAGGGGGGGCAUGAGUGGUGGGUUGUUCCUACGAUAGAGGAGAUUGAUGAGGCUUGA